AUGAAGGUGUCCAAUGUCUUGACACAGGCCAUUGGCCUUACCCUGUCUCUCACUGCCGCUGUUGAGGCCAGUGGAUCGUCUCGUUCUGGUGCAUGCCAUCCCCAUCAACCGUUUCAUCCUCUCCCUCCUAGCCAGGUUCGGCACCGCACUUGCCAUGUUCCCAGCCAUGGCGACGGUACCGACGACUCUGCCAACAUUCUGUCGACCUUGAGAAAGUGCAACAAUGGUGGCAAGGUCGUGUUUGACGCAGACAAGACCUAUACCGUGGGCAAGGCCAUGGAUAUGACCUUCCUGAAGCAUGUGGAUCUGGAAAUUCUUGGUACAAUCCAAUUCACCAACGACACCGACUACUGGCAAGCCAAUGCCUUCAAGCAAGUCUACCAGAACGCGACGACUUUCUUCCAGCUCGGUGGCACUGACGUAAACGUCUACGGUGACGGUACUCUCGAUGGCAAUGGUCAGGUCUGGUAUGACCUAUACGCUUCGGACGCUCUGGUUCUGCGUCCCGUUCUCGUCGGUAUUAUCGGGCUGCACGGCGGUACUAUCGGCCCUCUCAAGCUGCGCUACUCCCCGCAGUGGUACCACUUUGUCGCCAACUCGUCAGAUGUUUUGUUCGAGGGUAUCGAUAUUUCUGGCUUCAGCAAGAGCAAGAACACUGCCAAGAACACUGAUGGAUGGGACAUUUACCGGUCUGACAACAUUGUUAUUCAAGACUCUGUGAUCAACAACGGUGAUGACUGCGUUUCCUUCAAGCCCAACAGCACCAACGUUAUUGUUCAGAACCUCCACUGCAAUGGCUCGCACGGUAUUUCCGUUGGUUCCCUGGGCCAGUACAAGAACGAAGUCGAUAUCGUCGAGAACAUUCUCGUCUACAACAUCUCCAUGUUCAAUGCCUCUGAUGGUGCUCGCAUCAAGGUCUGGCCCGGUGUGGCCUCUGCUCUGUCUACCGACUUGCAGGGCGGAGGUGGCUCUGGAAGCGUCAAGAACAUUACCUAUGACACUAUGACCAUCCAGAACGUUGAUUAUGCUAUUGAGGUCACUCAGUGCUACGGACAGAGUAACCUCACUCUGUGCAAUGAGUACCCCAGCAGCAUGACCAUUUCCGAUGUGCACUUCAAGAACAUCAAGGGUACAACCUCUAGAAAGUACGACCCCCAUGUCGGAACGAUUGUUUGCUCCAGCCCCAAUGUUUGCUCGGACAUCUACGCUUCGGAGAUUGCGGUCAAGAGUCCUAAGGGUUAUAAUGCAUUCACUUGCACUAAUGUCGAUGAUAGCCUGCUGGCCGUGAAUUGCACUUCCAGUUAG